ACGAGCGAAGAGAGGAGGAGAGAGACCGGGAAGAGGAGAGUACCGUGGACAGCAUGAGCCUCAGCUCCUGAACACAGACUGAGAACAGUUCCGCUACACUCAUCACCCUUAUCGUCCCGUACCGUCUUUACGGAGCCCCGUCCUGAGCGCGAGACCUCUCCUCUUUACUACGAUGAAUUCUUUGGGUAGUUCCUCCAAGUGGCCGUCCUACGACUCGUUGCCCUCCACCUCCAGCUUUCUCCUGAGCGAGAGUGAGCAGACUGAGGAUGAGGCCGACGUCUUUUCCGAGGGAGAAGGGGACGGCGGAAUCAGAAAUCCCCUCUCAGCAAAAGAAGCAAUCACACUUUCGGGAAAUUACCUUCAUUUCCCCCCUCGACCAGAUCAGCUGCACUCCGAGUCCGAACAGUGCGCUGACAAGAGCAAAUGUCAUGACUCGGCGUCUUCUGCCAGAGCCGCCAGCUUCAGAGCUUCAUCAGCCACACCGGGAGACUUGGCCUUUGCUCAGAAAUGUGAAGAUUUGCAUCGGUUCAUUCAUCCUUUGCUUGAGCUUCUUCAUGGACUUCAGACUGGGCGAUUUGACAGAGGUUUAACAAGUUUCCAACAGAGUGUUGCCAUGGACAGAUUACAGAGGAUACUCGGAGUGCUGCAAAAGCCUGAAAUGGGUGAGAAGUAUCUUCAAAGUCUGCUGCAGAUAGAAGUGCUUCUCAAAAUGUGGUUUCCUCUGGUGGCUUUUAAGACUUCAGGCAUUUCAAGCCAGGCCAACACUCCCGAGCUCUCAACGCACUGGUGCAAAAAUCAGCUCCACAUGCCAGUUAAGAAACGGAAACUGAGCUGGUCAAAUCCUGACCAGGCUGGCGAAGUCCAAAGCAAAGAUAGCCACAACCAGCAUGGAAAACGUGGGCGCCCCCACGACGCGCCCUCACUCGACACCGCUUCCGCACGUCGACCAGGAUCGCCGAAAAAAUUCAAACCUCUGGAGCCAGAGGCCGCAGAACCAGGUGGGGACGCCUGCACAGCCGGAGAAGAGUUUACAGACGGAGCGGGCCGCGUCAGCGGGCCGCCGCGUUUAUGCUUCACAAGGGAAAAAGAUAUUUCCCUGCCCUCCUCAUGUGGCAGCCCAGCCACGCAGGACAACGCCGUGUCCUCAAGCGACACCGUCAGUACAACCGACUCACCUUAGCUGACCCCGCGAUCACAUGGAGGCGUCUCAGCAUGCCAGCUAGAGUAAAGGCAGAAGCCACACUUCAUUACAUAACAAUAAAGUUCGGCGGAGAGCCAGUCUUCAUGAUCGCGGGGCACAUUGAAACAAAAACAGGAGGAGGAGGAACACAGAAAGACACUUAUUAACCCCUAAAUGUCCAGCGUUGCUUAACGACACUUAAGUUAUUGCACUAUAUCAUGUUUCUUUGUUUUUUUUAUUUGUUGACUUUUUUCUAAAUUGAGAAAUGUUGGGGAAACUUUUACAGGUGUGUUACAGCCAAGGAGUUGAUACUCUCAUCUUACUUUAUUUUAUACAUUUCUCUGUGAUGACUGAAGAAAACACAGGGGGUCAUUGUCGGGACAGUUCAAAACUCAAACAGCACAUGAAACACUCUUACACGCAACAGACUCCAGAUUACUUCCAGAUGCAGACAUUGUUUGAUUUCGCUUUGUCAUAUGUCACAGUAGAGCAAGUUGUUUAUGAUAUUUAUGAGCAUCGUCACAUAAAACUCAUAAUUCUGCGAAGUACACAGAUUAAAGUUCAGAUUAGGGAACAAAAUUGAAAGCCUUAUCUGUAGUGACGGUAAUACCUGCUGCACUGGGAUAGUGACAAAUGGUCAAAGAUGCUAUUUAGAAAACAAAGUAUGUUUUUCCAGCUUGUGAUGGAAGCAUAUUGUGAAGACAUGUAGCCACAGCCAGAAUGUGCCAAGUAAUACCAGUUUGCAUUAUUAUUAUUUUUUUUACACUGCUUCUACUGCUUUCUUAAUUGUGUUAUACAGCACUUAACAAACACAUAAAUUGUCUAUUCUUACGUUUCUAUUUACUCUAACAAUGUAGUCACACGCAAAAUUGACAAAUCUUCAUCAGGCUGGACUGGCAAAGCAUAUUCUAUCAAUUGCAACUUCAUGUUGCCAGCGACUGAACUCAUCAGAAAAAAAAAAAGACUUGAAAAUAUUGUGUUUUACUAUUUUACAUUUUGUGUUUGAAGAACGAACAGGCGUUCCAUAUUUGAGCCUGUGUGAAUUUGAACUGAUGCAACAGCACUUUGGAUGAAAAUGAGGAAACGUUACACAUCAAAAAGAGUUGCAAUAUAAUUUAUAAAAGCAGUACUUGAAAAACUGUGAUUCCAUCAGCAGACAUGUAAGAGACAAUUGCUGUGUGUUACUGGAAAAGUGUGUCAUUUUCUUGUGUUUUAUUUGGCACUGAUGUACGGAUAUGGUUUCGGCGUACAAAGCAUAUUUAUUUCUUUACCCAUCUUAUCUAUUUCACCAUCGGUUUCAAAACAGUUUGUCAUUACGAGCACAAAUUACAGUCUGUGUCCAGUUUGAAAUUGAUUUGUUUGCUGUUAGGCUGUAAAAAAUGUGUAACACUCAAAGUGCUGUUCUAUUAAGUAGUAAGAAGUAACACUGAGACGACAGUUUCCAUUCCUGAACACUUUUUUUUUUUUUUUUAGUGCAUUUGGGCAUUGUACCACCACUCUUUAUAUUGGGUAUCAUUCAUGUUGAAUGACAUUUGAUCUCUGGAGGUUUUCCACCAGUCAGCCUUACUUUUUACACACAAAAGUAACCAUAAGCCUGCCUGACAUUCAAUCUCAGAAAAAAAGAAAGUCAUCAAUGGUAAAACCAUCAGUUUACCACCUCUGUCAUUGCAAACCAAAUGUGCUGCUGUGUAGAUGUCGCUCGGGCUUCUUCAUUUGUGAUUAAUGAUUUAUUUAAAAAAAAAAGGAAAUUAAGCACAAAACACAACGGUAACCUAAUGUAGAUUUGGUAUGUUAAAUGUAGCAGCAUACAGUACUUUUUGUUGUGCUAGGUUACACUUCAUUUUUGAAGUUGGGAGUUUUUAAAAAAAAAAUCUCUGAAUUGUGUGUCCAAGUUUUGUUUUUACUAUUACUUUUCUCUAUUUCUUUCUUAUUUAAAGAAAAUGUUGAUUGCUUGUUAAUGCACAUUUUUCUAUAAUAAAAAAGGAUAUGGUUCAA